AUGAAAGAACCGAAAUUGCACGUGUUGGAACUACCAAGCUCUCCCCAAAGUGAAACAAAAAAUGGGCAAAAAGAAAGUGGAACAAUUGAAUCAAAGCCCUUGAACGCCUACAUAAUGGGACUGGAUGUUUCACGAUGUAAUAGGUGGCUGGCUGUAAGUUCAAGUGAUAAACAGUUAUGCUUGUGGGAUACAAUUCAUUGGACAUUUGUAAGCAGUAGAAGUCUUGUUAGAGCUGCUGAUAAAAUUAAAUUUUCCCCUAGCAGUGACAAUGUAACAGUAGCUGACAAGUCGGGUGAUGUAUAUUUAUUCUCUGUAAUGGAGCCCAAUAAGGAAGGAGUUUUACUUCUAGGACAUCUGUCAAUGCUUUUAGAUGUGCUCAUGUCUGAUGAUGAAAGGUAUAUUAUUACGUGUGAUCGCGAUGAGAAAAUAAGAGUGUCGCAUUUUCCAAAUGCAUACAAUAUUCAGUCGUAUUGUUUAGGUCACACAGAAUUUGUUUCAUGUUUAUCAUUUUUACCACAUAACAAAUCUGUGUUAGUGUCGGGGUCUGGUGAUGGCUCUGUAAAAUUCUGGAAUUAUGAAUCAGGCAUAUUAAUUAGUGACCUCGUUUGCCCACUUCAAAAUGCAAAAGAGAGCGAGUCCAGUGGAAACACAAAAGCUGUAUUUAUUUCUGACAACAAGAUGUGUUCUGAAGAUAAUUUGAGUAUCACUGGUGAAAUGACUUCAGCUGUGAUGCAUAUUAGUUGUUGCAAAUAUAAUACUUCAUCAUUAGUUGGAGUGAGUCUUGUACAUUUCAAAGGAUGCUUACUUUACAAAGUUAUUGGAGACCAAAGUAAUAUUUCAUAUUCGAUGAUGCAGCAAGUUGUCUUCCAAACUGAGCCAUGGGACAUAAAUCUUUCUGCUGAGGGUAUUUUAUGGUAUUUAUCAUGUAAUGAAAAAAAUCCAUUAAACUUUGUUUACUUUGACACAAGUGGGAAAAUGUCAGAUAGUGAACAAUCAGGAAAAGUGUCUGAUAUAGUGAGUUUAGUCAACUCUCAUAAUGAAUGUUUUACACAAACUGCGAUAUCAGAACGUGUGUGUGUGUUAUAUAAAAGAAAAUUUGAUAAUGUUCAAGAAUAUCUAGAAAGGAAGAAAUUGAGAUUGUCAUCUUGA